UACGAUUGGGUCUUUGGUGCGCAAAAGGCAGAUACACUACAGUCAGAGAUAGAGGGUAUUUGUUUUUACUACUCGUUCAAGUGAGGAACACAGAGGCACAAAACUGUACGGAAUUUCAUUUACAGUAGGGGUAUAACCAUGAAUUCGACGCCAGCGAAAGUCGAGGAGCAGACUUUUAGUAAUGAUAAACUUCGGUCUGUCAUUAAAGAAAUGUUUUCAAGAAGGCACAAUGAUCGUGUAACAGCACACCAACAGUUUGCAUACAAAUGCUCAGAUUUGCUUCAUGAAGAAAUAAAAUCAACCGGGAACAAUGGAUUAAUUCGAUGGGAUAAUUUGGGUAAACACUUCUGUGAGGCGACUGUCAAUGACUAUAUAUUAAAAUGCAAAAAGUCUAACGCCGGUGAAGUGAAUACGAAGUUAAAUGUUAAGAUUGUUGAGCCGUCUAGUCUUGCUGAAGAAGUAAACGAACAACGUAUUGCUCACCUUCUAAAUUCCAUCGGAGAGGCACGAGCAUAUUCAGACUGGACGAAGCUCCUACAAUAUUGGAUAAAGUUUGCCAACUCAUUUCGAAAACAAGGAUUUUCAAACCUAAAGCUGAUAUUUUGCGGUCAGAAUGGUGAACGUGUUAAGAUUCAGUGUGGGAGUGUAAAAAUGACAAUCAUUGUUCUUUUGAACAUAAAACAACACGAAGAAAUCGUGUUUCGAGUGGACGAAAUCAACAAACGCACUCUUGGACGACUGAUAAUCGCACUGUGUGGGAACGAAGGCACCAGACAAACUACUGAACAGGCCGGACUUAGAAGACUUCUGCAAGCAUUCAUCACCAAAAUAGAGGGUGAAGAAAUGAAACAAUUCAACGACGUUAAGUUAUCACUUUAUGGUCAGGACAAUCUAUCAUUCCAUGUCCAAGCUGGAAAGUCACAUAACCCAAAACAAAUUGUGGGAUAUGCUGAUUCUCAAGGUGAAUUCCACAUAAACGAAAAGGAAUCAGGCUAUUGCAUUAUCUCGUAAUACAUUUUGUUUGUUUUAAUGCCUCCUUAUCUACUUCAGGAGAAACAUUGAGUAACUAUAUCAUUUGUGUAGUAUAAUUCUAUCAUAGAUUUUAAAUCUUAUUAUUUCUUGUUACUACAUGACUUAGCUGUCUUUGUUCAUGAUAAACGAUGUUAAUAGUAAGUUUAAAUCUUAGCUUACGAACAGUAGGCCUACUAGGCCUAGGCGAAGCUAGCGAGACUAGAGUAACACGUCGUCUAUCUGCUAUAAACCGUCACUGUCAGUGUACGAUGAUUGAUACAAUAGUAAAUAAAUGUAAUUGUUUACGUUUACAUUAGCUUACUUUAAUUUUAAAAUACUUUGUUGUUGCAAUUAUGAUAUGUUAAUGUCAAAAUUAUUACUGUUAUGUUCUUAAUUUAUAUAUUCGAUCAUUUUUUCAAUGUGUAACUACAAUACCCUAUAGUUAGUAGGUAAACUGUGGAGUCUUUUACAGUAGAUUAAGUGGUUUCAAUACUUUACUGUAGUAAAAUAAAUAAUAAUGGUAUCUACAUUUUAUAGCCAGGCAUACGAUAGUUGAUUUGGAUUGUACUUUCACUCCGUUUGUACGCACAGGGAAGCAGUAAAAAAUACUGUAUCAUACCGAGAGGAAUUCACCAAUGGAAUGUUUCUGUUUUUAUAGUGAUAUUAAUUACAGAAAAAAGUUUAUUUAAGAUUUUUAAAGUUUUCUCGGAGCUUCUACAUGAUAAUGUUUAGGUCCAGUAAGAAUAUAUAACAGUCGAAUUUAAUUUUAGCGGAUAUUUUGUCGUCGAUUGUAU